AUGGUUGGCCACCAACACUAUGAUGACCACUUCUCUAUCAACAACAUCCCGUUCGGGAUAGGCUCGUCCGUCAACCACCCAGUCCCUCAAUGUGUCACUCGACUUGAAAGAACCAUCAUCUUCCUCGGGGUCCUACAGCAGUCAGGUGCCUUCUCUCAAGUGCCCGGCUUACCUGAGGGCAUCUUCAAGAAAUCGACAUUGAACGAGUAUGCAAGCUUGUCGAAGGACAUCCAGCGCGAAGUUCGAAAGCUGCUGCAGUCAUAUUUGACAGGUGAUCUGCCUCCCAACAGCUCUGAGGACGUUGAAAAUGUUGCCAUGAAUUUGCCUGUCUCUAUAGGCGGAUUCACAGACUUCUCAUGUAGUCUCCACCACGUCAAGAACGCCGGCCGAGCGAUCUUAAACGACGACGCGCCGCCGCCGGGCUUCUUCAAUUUCCCUAUCGGAUACAAUGGCCGCACAAGCACGAUAGUCGUUUCCGGGACGCCAAUUAUUCGGCCACAUGGACAUUUUUAUGAUCGCACUGCACCGACAGAAACGAAGCCGAUUAUCUUCGGGCCUUCGAGAGCGGUGGACUACGAACUAGAACUUGGGUUUAUUGUCGGCAAGAGCGUUCCACAACUUCAGGGAUUGAAUGCAAAGGAUGCUGAUGAGCAUAUAUUUGGCAUGGUCAUUUUGAACGACUGGAGUGCGCGCGAUAUCCAGGGCUGCGAGAUGGUCCCUCUCGGUCCGUUAAAUGGCAAGUCCUUCGCUACAACGAUUUCUCCCUGGAUCGUCACAUUGGAGGCGCUUGAGCCGUUUAGAGUUCCUGGUACUGAGCACAAGGUCUCUCUCGCAAGUCAUUUGGAAGAUGUAACCCUUUCCAGCUACGACAUAAUGCUGAAGGUGCAUAUUCUCGUUGGAGACCAGGAUAACUUAAUCAGCCAAUCCAAGAUUACGGAUCUGUACUGGAGUGGUCGGCAAAUGGCUGCUCAUCUAGCCAGCUCGGGCGCCGAUCUGCAGACUGGUGAUAUCUUGGGUACCGGGACUGUUAGUGGGGAGCAUCAUAGAAGUUUAGGCUGCUUGCUGGAAGCGACCAAGGCCGGGAAAGAGCCGUUUCCACUUGGGAAUGGCUUGACGAGGCAGUAUUUGCAGGAUGGGGAUGUGGUUCGAAUGAGCGCUAUGGCAGGGCUGUGA